AUGGCCCAAAGUCUGCAAGAGGAGGUGACCUGUCCAGUUUGUCUGGAAAUUUUCUUCUGUCCCAUUUUACUCUCCUGCGAACAUGUGUUCUGCUUUCAUUGCAUGCAAAGAUGGAUGCUAGAACACAGGGAUCUGAAAUUGACCUGCCCCAUGUGUCGAGGGGUAACUGAGAGCCCCCCUUUGGAGGAAUGGCAAAUCAGAGCACUGUCCCUUCUGAUCAGACAGCACAGUGGCCUACUGAUGAAAAGCCUGCACGUGAGCAAAGAGUUGCUGAGAUUCCAGGAGGAUAUGACUCUGGAUGGAAGCACUGCCAACCCCUUCCUUGUCCUCUCUGAUGACCUAAGGAGUGUUUGGUGUGGGAAGAUCUGCCACAACCCAGUGGAAGAUCCCCAGAGAUUCACCUACCUGACCUGUGUCCUGGGCACGCCAUACUUCUCCUCUGGCUGCCAUUACUGGGAGGUCGAGGUGGGAGACGGGAAGGAGUGGACGCUGGGGAUCUGCAAGGAAUCAGUGGACAGAAAGAGGAAGGGCGGUUUCUCUGUUGAGCAUGGCUUCUGGUUGAUCAGCCUGAAGGCAGGAACAAUCUGUACCAGCUCAAUCCCAGAAAUCAGAAUUCCUGCAAGCCCCAAACUUAGCCACAUAGGGAUUUUUUUAGAUGUUGAGAUGGAAGAACUCAAGUUUUUUGAUGCUAGAGAUAAUGCCCUCAUGUAUACAUAUAGUUGUCUCUCAUGUUUGGAGCCUUUGCGUCCAUUCUUCUGUCCUGAGUUGCCUAGAGAAGGUGACAGGGGUGCCUCCCUGAAAAUCUGCUCAUGA